AUGAAGUCUCUUCUUCAAGACAUCUGGACGAAUGAAACCAGGCUUGGCUGGGAUGAUCUUCUACCCGAAGAAUUACGUGAACGUUUUCUACACUGGUACGAGCAUCUUGAAAAUUUGGAGACGUUUUCGGUGCCACGGUGUUACAUAUUCAAUCGGGGGAGCUGUAAGCAGCAGCGGUUGCAUGUAUUCACGGAUGCAAGUUCAAAAGGCUUUGGAGCUGUGGCUUACUUCCGUUUGGUCUAUGAAGACCAUUCGAUAGACGUGUCUUUCGUCAUGUCAAAAACCCACGUCACCCCAGUCAAAGGUCUUACAAUUCCUAGGCUGGAACUUCAAGCAGCAGCUGAAGGUCUGAACAUAGCCCUCACCAUUUGUCGAGAGCUAGGAAUGGACCUACAAGACGUUACCUUUCACACCGACUCGCAAACAGUGUUACGUUGGAUUUUCUCACGAACGUGCAAAUUCGAAGUUUUCGUGAACAAUCGUGUUGGCAAAAUCCUCAGAAACACCAAUCGUCGGCAGUGGCGUCAUGUAGCUGGAGUCGAAAAUUCUGCUGACCUGUGCAGUCGUGGUAUUGACCCACAGAACGUAAACGAGUUUUUCCAGUUUAAUCAAGGACCCCAGUUCUUGCAACUCGAUCCAUCUGAAUGGAAUAAUUGGGUUGACAUUGCUGAGCCGGGCCAUUGCUGA